AGAAAGAGUGUGAGAGAGAGAGAGAGAGAGUAAUCUUUUCCCAAAGAACAGGGUCCUUGUUUCUGUUGGACAUUCUAGAGAGAGAGAAAGAGCGAUUUUCUUCCCAAGGAGAUAACCGAAACACAGAAUUCCCACAUUUGGCUGGAAAUUACAGAGAGAGAGAGAGCGAGAGAGUGGCGUUCUUGGGCAAGGAAAGAAGUGGCAGUGGUCUUCCACAUUGAGAUCUCUGUUGAAAUAUGUAGAGAGAGAAAGUGAAACAGACUUGCCUUCUUGCUCUUGGCAUAAAGAAUCGUUUCACCAUCUGGGGUUCUUCGCUAGGGGAUUCUUUGGACGACGGGAGUUUGGAUCGUCCUUUCUUGGAGAUCUCUAGAGGAAGCACAUCCCCUCUAGUUCUUAGCUCGCCCAAACCACAGAACACUGAUUACUGAGCCAUUGCAAUACAUUUCAGCUUCUUGAUUUCCACCUCUGCUGAUUUUAGUGAUUAAUUUCUCGCCCCCUGGUUAAUCUCUCACCCCCAACCACAGGCCAGCUUUAAGCCUGAAGAAGAGGGACAAAAAUUCCGUGUUCUUGAGGUUUCCUCUUCUUAGAAAUUCUAGAGAGAGAAAGUGACAGAGAAAUACAGGCAUCUGAGAGAGAAUGGCUUCCGAGCAAGCCAGUAGCAGCAAUACAAAUGAGGGGGGAGAAGGAGUGGGAACGAGUGAAAUUACAGAGGUAGAGAGCGAAACUGAAAACAACAACAACCAUGAGAGCUGGACACUGAUACCCGUGAAUUUGGAGUGGAUGGGAGCGAAAGAGAUGGCGGACGGUAAGUUCACGGCGGUUGUGUACAAUGAAAACACCCCUUCAUUACAAGAGAAACUCGUGCUAAAGACCUUCCAUACCAGAGAGGAGGCAGCACGUGCACAAGAAGAGUCUAUCGGGAAGCAUCCGAAUGCUUACGAACAUGCGUUGAUGGUGAACCUCAUGUGGCGUAUGGAAGAAGAGGGAGCGGAUGAAGCAGGCAUUAGCAGCACGACACAGGAGAGGGAAGAAGGAGAGGGAAGGGGUGAAAUUACAGAGGUAGUGAGAGAAACUGGAAACAAUAGGAAGGAGAAGAGAUGGAAACAGUUGCCGAAUAACUGGAAUUGGUUGGACGUGAAGGAGACAGCGGAUGGAAAGUUUGCGACCGCUGUUGCUGUUGAAACCAGCCAUUCAAAACUGACGCUUGUAAGAAAGAGUUUCGAUACCCGAGAGCAGGCGGUACGCGCACAUGAAGGGUCUUACAGCAGGCAUGGAACAGAUUUUGAUGAUGCCUUGAUCAUCGACCGGCAGUGCGUGUGGGUGGAUGAGAGAGAAAAGAAGGGCCUGUUUCAGGGGUUCAAAGAUAGCUUCAAGAAGAUGAUGGUUUGCGAGUCUAAGAAGUAUAAGGAGAAGCAGGAUUGAGGAAAGAGAAAAACAAGACAGAAAUGUGGAAGCUCUAGAAGAGAAAUGAUAAUCCAGAACCAUGCUUGUUAUAUUGUCCGAGAUUUUUCUGUCGUCAAUCUACUUUGCUUCUCUCAUUCAUAUGAAAGUAACUCUUACUUGUUUUUUUUUUUUUCUUUUUAAUUUUCAAAGCAUCGAUUUCAUCAGCAAUGUACAUGAAUGUAUGUGAAUGCCAUUCUUUCAACAAAGGUCACCACAAUCAUCAUCUUAAUUGUAUUUGAAGGUGUGAUCUGUAAUCGUUGCAGGCAUUUGUAUCAGAUCUCAAUAAGGGAAUUUUCAUUAAAAUGCCGGUGAUUGCUUCA